GGACAGUCCAGUCUUUGGCAAGUGUAUCUUUUUGGAUGUUCCGGUUCCAAAAAAGAUCUCCACAAGAAUCAAAGGAGCUUUGGCGAAAGGUAGCAAUGAGCUAGAUUCCUGGAGGGAUCAUAAUAUCAUUUGUUUCGCAUCCAACUUACUUGCUUCCUUCCUUAUCUUCAGCUACCGCCGCAGACUGCAAAAGAAACCAUGACAAAGAUCCAUAUGAUUGGUAGGCUCUUGUCCUACAUCUUUCUCCUCCUAUCAGCCAAGGGAAGCUACGGUCGGUCUCUUCAGAAACAGACUCAAGGCUAUGGUCGGGUUCUUCAGGAUCAGGCUCUUGCGGCCUACGAAAUGGAGGUGGCGGCGACCUACGGCUUCGACGUCAACGGGACGGCACCAGAGACGCUGAAUAUAGAGGAAAUACAGGAACUCUUACGUCUGACAGAGAUUUAUUACAAGCGCGUCUUUGCCAGUGGGUUCUCUCAAACUUACCAAGAUGUUUUGGUUACGUACAAGUCUCAUGAUUGGCAAUGGACCCAGGAAGUUUUGGCAGUGACCUUUGAUGCCAAAAUCAGCUUUCGUCGCGUGGAAUUUGUCCCGCUGCCUGCAACAGAUUUGGUCCUCAACGCCUUGACCAACGUAAUCUCUGAAGCAUAUAUACAAGGCUAUGUCAUGCAAGCCCAGCCUCCAGAACUAUUCCUAUGGGCCAACUCCACCAGUAUGUCGGCCAUCGCUAAGGUUGUGCCCACUCCAUUCCCAACGGAAGAGCCGGUGGCUGCACCGACUCGUGCUCCCGUGCCUGCUAUGGUCAAUGAUGUCGUCGUUGCUGCCACUUCUUCUCCCUCCCAGCUCUCUACCGUUGCUGUCACUUCUUCUCUCUCUCAAUCCUCACAAUCGAUUGAUGGCGUCGCUACCGUUGCUUUCACUUCUCCCCCCUCUCAAUCCUCACAAUUGAAUGAUCUAAUACCUGCACAGGAACAAACCGCGUCCUCGGGUACGGGCCCCUCUCAAUCUUCACCCUUGAAUGAUCUCCAGGUCCCACCCACGUCGUCGGGAACAGGCCCCACUGAAUCCUCGCCCUUGAAUGAUCUUCAGGUCCCACCCGCAUCCUCGGAAACAGGUGAAGCGGCCUCCGAAACAGUCGGUGCGACUGAAGAAGACAACGUCGACAGCCCUUCCGAGGAAACCACUGCAAUCAACGAAAAUUCAUCAGCUGAUGUCUUUGCUGUCACGAGCACAUCCUCUUCCCAAACUGAAGAAGAUGAACAAAUAGGAUUAGAAAUGCCGGAAGCCACGGGAGAUGCAUUCGGCUCCCCGUUCGAGCCAACAAAGAGCGAAGCUUUCAUUGGGGACACUGACAAAUUUGCCUCCUUGGUUGCAACAACAACUGUUGACGAAUUCACAGCACCCAACCUCUUCUACUGGAUGGUGGCUAUCCGUUUCAUGUAUCUUCUGGUGCAAUUGGCUCUUGGUAAAUGGAGCCGCCCUUACCAGGCAUCGGAAAAGAAGGUUCAUCUUGCCAGCUACUGGGUCAACCUGUCAAUCCAAGUGCCAAUCUUGGCGGUGCUGGCUUGGGCUAUUCUUGCCCUUAGUGGGGAUGAUUCAGAAGUUGUCACUGCAGGGAUUCAAACGUUUUCACAUUCAGCGAUGGCCCUAUUGAGCGUCUGUGGCGUGGAACUUUUUCUUCGCGGCCAUGAGAUGAACAAGGUACUAUUCGCCAAUCGUGUUGUUUUCAUCGCCACAAUGCUCUACGUGAUGGAAGAGGACAGCUCCAAUAUGAAAGCUCCACUGGAUCUGAUCAUGUUUGGGACAAUUGAAGCUUUGGGAACUUGCAUCGAACUUUCCUCACAAGUUCUAAUGAUCUACUACCGAUUCUGGAGCGACAGCCAAAUCGAAGUCCGCGACAGCAUUCGACCAAGAGUUUCCAUUGUGCUUCAGCUGUGUCUGAGUCUCGGUUUCUUUCUGAAAGUCGCAUUCGUCGUCGUAUCGGUGGUGUGGUACGUCCUGAAAUUGGACGACCUCAACGGAUCGAGCCUCAUUUGGAUCGUUCCUUUGGUUCGUAUCGUGCAAGCCCCACUUCUGGUCCGAUCGUUCCAUCUCCAGCUUCUCCUGUUCAAUCAAGUGGCAACAGCAAGCCAACGUGAUGAAGUGAUCACAAAAGAGAUGGUAGUUGAGUUUGGCCCUGAUGAGGAGAUGAGUCAGGAGGACGUGUAGCUAAAGCAGCUUUGACACUCUUGCCUUGGAAGCAAUGAAGAUUGGCCUGGAAGACCGUUCAUCCGUUCCGGCCAUCCUGUAAAGCUACUGUAGCUCCAUAAACGCACGAACAGAACCUUGCAUUUCUGUUAUUACGACAGGUAGAACUGGCACCAGGUACACUGAUUAGAAUCUCUUCCUGCCCAGCUCCGUUCCUACAACAUGUCAGGACGGCUUUCCACGCCUUACCAAGAAUAGGGAAUAGAAUC